AUGAGACCCCUUAUGGUCGAGAAGGAUUUUUUGCGGUUACGGGCUGUGUUGUACCGUGACUUUGAUGACUACAUUGCCAAUGCGCAGAGGCUGGUGCUUAUAGUGCUCCGAUUCGUUACCAGACUCGUUCUAGAUCGGUACAUGCAUCUUCUUGGUGUGCAAGGGAGCUCUACCGCGUUUACCCGGACCACCAGUUUGGGAUCACUCGGCUACCAUGGCAACCAGGCCGCAAGCCCCCCUGCCAUGUCUGUGUAUUUCUCAGCGGCGUUCCCCAGAGCGCUGCACCUGUUCCGAGAGUUGGUGUCUGACUUUCAUUCGUACCUGGCCAAGAAUCUGUUAACGUCCCACAAGCGAAGUGUCGUGACAUCGGCGGAUUCGCUGUUCAAGACGAAGGGCACGGAGAGUGGAUCCUCGGCAGCAACAGAGGAUGAAUCCAUAAACACCGCCAUCAUCAUGUUCAUGUGCUCCACGGACUGGUUGGAUGCCAUUCGCAUGCAAGCAGACCCAGAAUGGACCCAAACAACCGAAGAAGUCGCCAAGACAUGGGAACGCCUCUCCGAGCGAUUGCACGCCCACGCGACUGCCAACAACAAAGUACAAUCGGGACAGGUCAACAGACGUGUGCACGUGAACAUGGCAUUCGAGGCCUUCUUUGUGAGGUGCAGAGAGCGUCUCAUGCGCCGGAAGGGCUGGGGGCAGAAGCAGCGGAUUGAGAUGGCCGUAGCCCUGCGCCUGUGGCUGCAACUGACUGACAAGUUGCGGUACAGUCUGGGGAACACACGCGCGAUUGGCAACAAAAGUGAGGGUUAUUGGAAAUUGGACACGCACGAAGACUUACUGCGUCGGCGGAUGCGUAUGGUGCCCAACCACGCGGGCAGUAGCCACCCCGAGGCCAUUCUGAGGAAGAAAGGGGACAGCGCAGAUAGACAGGCCGAUGAGCAUACUGGCGAAGACAAGUCGUACGAUGCACCUAGCAGAGGACCGGUCCUGCCCAAAGGCAUCAAGGUCGCGCGUGACUUUAAGGGCGUGCGAUGGGGAAAGGUCGGCGAUCCACAACAACAAUCUACUGAGGGUAUGUACUUCCGUUUAUGUGCUUUAAAAUGA